AUAAGGAGCUUCACAAACUCUAAAUGCAAUCGCAUUGAAACAGAUAUCAUCAUUUUUCUCAAGACAUUUUACGGUAUAUUGACAAAUUUCUGAUUUGAACAAGCUCUUCACUUCUCUCGACACAGUAAACUCCUGCGAUGGCCACUGGACGUCUAUUUUGGGCAGCGACUUCACGAAUCAUAAAACCUUUCACUUUUAAUAAAGUUUCAUUUUGUCCUGGCUUUCUGAGUUAUCGUGGCCAACUUCAAACACGAAAGGCAAACUCUUCUCUCCAGUCGAAUGAGAUUUCAAACGUCAAAGAGGAUUCAACAAAAAGGAAUAUUAAUAUAUUGUCUUUUGAUGGUGGAGGAAGUCGAAGUGUGAUGGAACUUAAGAUUUUAGAUGAUGUUUUACGAUUAGCAACGAUUGUCUUGAGAAAUCCUAAGACGGUGAGCCAUCUUGGGAAUGAAGAGUUAAAUAAAAGCGACGCUAAUUUCUUAGGACAUCAAGAUGUUAGACUUCGUCUGAUUAGUGAUUUGAAAGCAGUUAAAGAUCCCAUUCAUCCCACCGAUGUGUACGACAUGAUUGUUGGUAACAAUUCUGGAGCUUUGAGCGCGUUUUGUUUGGUUGGUGGAAAAAGAUUUGGAAGCGACCACAGUACUAGAGAACGGAUGAGUGUUGAUGAGUGCAUUCAGAUGUAUUGCGAGAACACAAGAAGUAUAUUCCAGAAGUCGUUUUUACACAGGUUUUUUUCUCACGCAUCCAUGUUGUCUAGUAUUCCACUAGUAACGUAUUCACGUGACAACUUGGAGAAAAUUUUGCAUAAUCAGUUUGGUGAUUGCCGCUUAAGUGAUUUUGACGGAAAGGAUCCCUCUAAGCCCAAGGCCGGUGCUGUAGCCAGAAAACUGGGCAAAGACGAAGAUCUCAUACUGUUUGAUACUGCAAGGGAAGAAUACGGGAAUCGCAAGGCCUGCGAAGUCUUGCUCGCAACUUUAAAUGCUCCAUUUUACUUUGACACUCCAGUAAAAAUUGGCAAUGAUAAAUUUGUCAACGGCGGUAUUGGUGGAAAUUGUCCUUUGAAACAAGCAAUUCCUCGAGCCCAGGAACUUUUUGAAAAAGCCCAAAUAGUUUCUGCUUUAUCGAUUGCACCUCCCAAAUUGCCUCAGAAAUCAGAAAUUCUUUCUACUAAAGGUCUUUUAGGUUGGUUUCGCUAUUUUGUGAAUGAAUCCACCGAUAAAAUGGCGGUGUUUAGAAGUAUGGCAGAAAACUACAGUUUAAGUGGCAUUAUAUUUCCAAGGUUGUCCCCACGUGGUGAGAACUUAAAAAGAUUCAAUUUUGAUGAAAAAGAUAUUCAGAGCAUGUUAGAUGCUAUGGAAGAAGAAAAGGUUCAAAAUGGCUUGUUUCUCGUUGACGUUGUUGCUACUGCAAUGGCUGUUGUCCUGGCUUUUGUUGAAAAAGUAAAAUUUGAUCAGAAAUCCAAUUUGAUCAUUGCAGCACAACUAGCUAAAGCGGCAGGACUUGCGUACCAAAGAAAUAAAGAACAUGAGAAGGCAAUUUUUUCGUACAAAAUAAGCAAACGUCUUCAAAAGAAAGUCAGCAAUGAUAGUAUAAUGUUUAAAAUUUCUUAUGACAUUGCAAAAUGUCAAAAAGAACAAGGAGAAUAUCUGCAAGCAAUCAGCUCAUUUGAUUUCAACGUAAAAGAACUUAAUCACCAUCAAGCUGACCCAAAGUAUGUUGACCCAAAGUAUCACGACCUUAUUAUUGAUAACUUGACUGAUAAAGUAGACUGUUACCUCUUAACUUUUCUUUAUAAUGACGCAGAGAUCUGUUUUAAUGAGAUCGACAAACGUGUGAUCAGUGAUGACAAAAGACGUGCCCAAGUACAAGUAUAUAAAGCAAGAUACAAAAAAAAACUUGGACAACUUGAGGAAGCUGUCGCUCUUUACAAGGAAGCAAUUGAAAUUACAGUAGAUAACAUUAAGAAGGCGAAAAUACUAAAUGACUUGGGGUUAUGUUUUUUAGAGCUAGGAAUUAAAGAAAAGGCCCUAGAUUUCAUUAUCCAAGCCCAAGAAUUGAGAAAGCAGUCAUGUAAGGAGGAAAGCCACGAUCCUCUAGUGGCUGAAUCUUUUAAAAAUGUUGGCUUAUGUAAAGUAGAAAAUGGUGACUACGAUGAAGCAAAACAAAAUCUGGAUAAAGCUUUUAACAUCUACCAGAAUAUCAAAGAUAAAAAUAAAAUAUCCAAUGUACAGGAAAGUUUAGCCAAAUACAUGUUAUUAAAAUGUCCACCAGACUACAAUCUUGCCUUAUCCUACGCACAACAAGCUCUGGAAAAUAGAAAAAAACAAAUCCUUAAAUUUCAUGAUCCUGAAAUUGCUAAAAUCCGCGUAAUUAUUGGUCAAUGUCUUCUCAAAACUGGAAGAAAUGAAGAAGCAAAGCAAAAUCUUCUAAAAGCUUUAAGUAUAAUCGAAAAUUUGCUUUCAAAAAAUCAUCCACAGCUCGUCGAAAUUUACGAAGCUCUCUCCCAAAUAUAUGAAAAAAAUGGGUAUUUGAAACAAGCGAAAGAGUACAAAAUAAAAAAAGAUAAUAUCAACAAAGAAAUUGAAAAUAUGGCUGGGAAAGUAAAAAAUAUUCAAUUCAAAAUAAAUUGAGUUAAGAUUGAAAAAUCGGGAAGAGCUUUUGUCAUUUUUAUGCUUUUAUAUUCGGUCUUUGGCUACUAAAACAUUAAAUUUAGUUUUUACAAUGUAAUCAAAAGUAAAUUACGAAAGAGAAGACAAAAACUUAGAGCCUGUAAAUAAUAGCUAAUUGUUCUUAUUUGAAUGUGAUAGUUGAAAGAAGUCAAAUACAGUUUCCUCGAAGUUUUGGAGGCAUGAAAAAUUUGUCACUGUUUUGUAAACCGACUCGUUUGGCAUCUUUGACUCGACCAAGGCGCUUGGUACCAGGACUUAACGCCAACAUGUUAAUCUAGUUUUCUAUAAUUGAAAAAUAAGUAAUUAAUUAUUCAGUUAAAACGCA